GGUUUGUUAUGGAGAAGGAUAUAUAAGUCAAUAGCGUAUUGAAAAUGCAAUUAUGGGACUCAUCAUGCGCUUUUGUUUUUCUAUAGUUCAUAUAUGACGCUAUGUUUAUCUCGUCGACAUCAUCUACUCUAUAUAUAGAUAGAUGAAGAACUAUAAGCCAAUUAAUAUCAACAACCAAAUCGAUUCACAAGUGUAUAAAAGACCAACCAAGAUUUCCCUAUGUUAUUAAUGAGUUCUCUGAUUUUUAUUUUUCUUGUGGUCCUCGUUCCGCAUGUUGUUCUUGCUAGAGGAAUUAGGAGAAGUGAAGAAAUAUUAGUAUUUGAUCAAAAUUAUAAGGUUACAUGGGGUGACAAUCAUGUUAUGUCCUUAAACCAAGGGAAAGAAAUUCAGCUCACAAUGGAUAACUCUUCAGGAGCUGGAUUUGCAUCGAAAAUGACUUAUGGCUCUGGAUUCUUCCAUAUGAGGAUCAAAGUGCCAGGUACUGACUCUGGAGGAGUUGUCACAGCUUACUAUUUGAUUUCACAAGGAAAUAGGCAUGACGAGUUGGACUUUGAAUUUUUGGGCAAUAAAGAAGGAAAGCCAUAUUCAUUACAAACCAAUGUGUUUGCAGAUGGUGAAGGAAAUAGAGAGCAAAGAAUUCACCUUUGGUUUGACCCCACAACAAAUUUUCACGACUACAAAAUUCUAUGGAACCCCCAUCAAAUUGUAUUUUAUGUGGACAAUAUCCCCAUUAGGGUUUACAAGAACAAUAGCAAUCUUGGAGUGAGCUACCCAUCAAAGGCUAUGCAAAUACAAGCAAGUUUAUGGAAUGGUGAAAAUUGGGCAACAGAUGGAGGCCAAACCAAAAUCAAUUGGAGUUAUGCACCUUUCAAAGCAAAUUUCCAAGGAUUUGAUAUUAGUGGAUGUCAAAGUCAAAGCUUAAUUGAUCCAAAUUGUGUUUCUUAUAACUAUUGGUGGAAUGACAAAAAUUAUUGGUGUUUGGAUCCUGCCGGCCAAAGACAAUAUGAAAAUGUAAAGCAAAAUUAUGUGAUAUAUGACUAUUGUAGUGAUAGGCAAAGGUAUCCUAUAGCUCCCUUAGAAUGCAUACAUUGAAAGAAUACUAAUAUGCCCUUUUAACCAUAUACUAUAUAAGACUACGUACUCCUAUAAAAUUCAACUAUGUUAGAAAAGUUCUAGAUAUGUAGAGGUUUGUAUUGUUUAGGGAGAUAUAUGAUAAAGCUUAUAUUCUUUACAAAUUUAUUAUAAUUUUGGAUCA